AUGGUCAAGCGGGUCCUCAUAGAUGUAGGAGCUUCCACCAAUGUUCUUUCUUUGUCAGUAUACUCAGCCCUUAGAUGGGAGCGAGAUCAGCUAAAGCCAAGCUCUACACCGCUGGUAGGUUUUGCUGGAGAGUCGGUAACAGUAGAAGGAUGUAGCUCACUCCCGGUCACUCUCGGCGAAGGGGAGCAUCAGGUCACUUCGAUUGUCGAAUUUAUGGUGAUUGACAGAACCUCGGCCUAUAAUACAAUAUUAGGCCGACCCUUCAUACAUCAGUUGAAGGCUAUCCCCUCCACUUACCACCAGAUGAUGAAGUAUCUGACGGCUUCAAGGAUGGCCACCAUCCGAGGCGAGUAUGAGACGUUAAGAGAGUGCUACGCUGCAGCACUAAAAGGCACUGCCAUUUGUGCAACUAUUACGGUUGAGGCUCCACUACCGGACGAGCCGACCCGCGGGACCUUAGUCAAGGAAGUCGAGCUUGUGCCACUCCUGAGUCCAGAUAAGUAA